CUUGAUCCUGCUUGUUACCAUUACUGUUCUAGGACACGUAUAGGCCAGCAACUAGGACAAGUGUGCUUUUGGACCAUUAUUCAGCAUUGCUAUCUGAUUUUGAAUUGUGUUCCACAUACUUAUACUUUUGAGCCUCCCAUAGCUACACAUAUUAUCUUCAGAUCAUUACACCCAGAGGAUCUUGCAAUCUUGGUACCACUUCCUCACAGGUAUCACGAACCGGCCACCGGUUGUACCGUCCACUGCUCGUGUUGGUAAGAACCUUGUAAGGGCUUGGUGAUGAUGGAAGUGGGGGUCAUACUCCCAAGGACUUCAACGAGUGUGUUAGCCAAGAACAGCUGGAUGAUGCCAAGAGAGAGAUGCACGAGGUCGUCACCAAGGCAGUCACUGAGGCGAUCAUAGGCCUCAAGCUUGGUGAAAUCAUAUCCACGGUUACUGACAGGAUCGAUGCGUUGGAGACUCGUCAACAGCACAAUCAAGAUGAGGACAUGGUGUAUGAUGACCAAGGUAGUAUAGAUGAAGCGGCCACACGGGAAGCACGGCUACGCCGUCGUCUUCGCCGCAACACACAAGGUAUGGGUGGUACUCACAACCACAAUAACCAGCAAGGUAAUCAGAAUCGUGUACCCGAUGAUCCUUAUGCUAAGGUUAAGUUUACAAUACCUUCCUUUUCGGGAUAUUAUGAUGCUGACGGGUACCUUGAUUGGGAGAUGACAGUAGAGCAGAAAUUUAGUGCACACCUUGUACCUGAGCAACAUAGAGUUAGACAAGCCACUAGUGAGUUUAAAGAUUUUGCUAUCGUUUGGUGGACCGGUCUAAUUGCUGAGGAUGCUGCACCUACUACUUGGAAUGAUCUUAAGUCUGCUAUGCGUGAUAGAUUUGUUCCCCCAUCGUACCAUAGAGAUUUGCGUAAGAAAUUGAUGCGCUUAGAACAGGGAGAUAAAACCGUGCAGGAUUAUUAUGGUGAACUUCAAAAGGGUUUGAUGCGUUGUGCCAUAGUUGAGGGAACUGAGGAUGCUAUAUGUAGAUUUUACUCGGGCUUGAGGCGUGACAUUCAGGACAUUGUUGAUUACAAAGAAUUUCACACUGUCAACCAGUUGUUUCAGUUUGCCAUGCUUGCAGAGAAGGAAUUGCAGGGACGUGAUUUGCAGAGCAGGAGCAAGGCCACCUACACCCCACGCUCGGCGCCAUCUUCGGGGCUGACCAAGCCUGCCUCUUUUCGAUCGCCCCCACCUGCGAGCAACAAGCGACCAGCAGCUUCGGAAGCUGCCACAACGCCAAAACCAUCUCCUGCGCGUACUUCCGACUCAGGUAAAAAGUUUUUGUAGGAGCCAGCCAAGAGUUCGUCCUCCGUGUCCUCGACGGGAGGCACGACCGUUCAGUGCCACCGCUGCCAUGGAUUUGGACAUGUGCGGAAGGAUUGCCCAAGUCAGCGGGCAUACAUUGCUACCGAAGACGGCUACAUUAGUGCCUCCGACAUUGAAGAUGAUGAUGAAGAAGAACCAGAAGAGGCUGCGGAGGCCGGGCAUGUUCUGGGUAGCGAGAACACAGCAGCCUUCAGGAGCAUCAUUGUGAAGCGAGUGCUCAACAUACAGGCACAACAACCAGAGAAGUUUCAGCGCCAUAAUUUGUUCCAGAUUUUCUUCGUCAUCAACAAUCGGCGAGCGCGUGUCAUCAUUGAUGGAGGUAGUUGCAAUAAUUUGGUGAGUUCAGAUUUGGUCAAGAAGCUUGGCUUGGCCACACGUCCACACCCCCAUCCAUAUUAUAUUCAGUGGUUUAAUGAUGCGGGGAAAGCUAAGGUAACACAAUCUUGCAGAGUUUCUUUUUCCAUUGGUUCAUAUGCUGAUUCCGUAGAUUGUGAUGUUGUACCUAUGGAGGCGUGUUCUCUUUUGUUGGGUCGACCUUGGGAAUUUGAUAAUGAUGCUUUACACCAUGGUAGAAGUAAUACUUACACCUUCAUGCAUAAGGGAAAGAAAAUUACUUUACUUCCCAUGACCCCUGCUGAAAUUGUACAAGCUGAAAAAGAACGAGCUGCUACUUUGCAUGAAACUACAUCUGAAAAUCAGCAAGUUGCUAAUUCUGUUUACCCACCUAAAAAUGAUAAGUCUGCACCUAUUUCCAAGACUAAUGGGAUUAAAUUGAAGGGUGGAGUUUUACUUGCUAGAAAAUGCGACCUUGCUGAAAUCUCUGAUGAUGAUGUUUGUUACACUUUGGUGUGCAAACAAACACUGUUUUCCCUUGAU